CACAUGACAUUAUGCAAAACUUGACCGAGUACACAGCCAAUAUAACUACUACCAACGGGAACCUCACCAUCAUCCUGAAGGUAUGUGUGGUCACUCCAUUCUUCUGCAUUUUCAUGUACUUUAUUCUCUUGAUGCUCCACACAUUUGGCUCCCAUAGGCAGUUUUUUGACAGCACGCGCUACAUCCUCUUUGCCUACAUGUUGAUCAACGACACCCUGCAAGUUCUCUCGUCCGUGUUGCUCUUCCUGUUUGUCAUGGCCAACUUGCAAUUUCCUAUUGUCUAUUGUGCUCCUCUGCUCUUUGUGUCCACUGCCACCUUCCUGAACACCCCACUCAUUCUGGCCACCAUGUCUCUGGAACGUUACGUUGCCAUCUUCUACCCGCUGCAUCGUCCCGCGGCCUGGAGGGUCGAUCGGAUCUGGAUCAUCAUCGUCACCCUGUGGAUAAUCAGCUGUAUCUUACCUAUGGUUGACUUCAUACUGCUGAGGCCGAAACCUGGGGUGGACGUCCGGACUACGCCCGUGCCGUGUAAAACGUUUGUCUUAAAUGCAACACCUAUUCAGACACUAUUCAAAGUGUCCCUGAACGGGCUCUUCUUUGCUACCGUGGCCAUCAUCAUCCUCUUCACGUACAUUCGCAUCCUGCUGGAGACGCGGAAGAUGCGACAGGACAGGACGUCUGUGGUAAAGGCUCUGAACACGGUGCUCCUUCAUGGCUUUCAGCUGUUGCUCAGCAUGAUGGCCUUCACCUUCCCAAUCACAGAAAACCUUAUCGUUCUUCACAUCAGUUGGCUGCAGGAACACAUUUCUUUCUUCAACUAUUUUUGCUUUGGCAUGCUUCCUCGUUUUCUCAGUCCCCUUAUCUACGGUUUGAGGGAUGAAAGCCUGAGGUUCUUCAUGAGGAAAGCAAUGCCCUGCAGCUCAGCCCAGGUGAACCCUGUGGCAAGAGCCAAACCACUCACAAAUUAAGCUUGCAGAAUCCAGGGUUUGCUUAUAUCAUUUAUAAGCAAUGUUU